AUGAAUAUACUUCUUUACAUCAAAGCAGUUGGCUUUUUCCUUUUGGCAGCAAUUGGAAUUCCAGGCAACAUGUAUAUUUUGUUCAAGUUUGUAAAAAUUAAAGUAACAAUAAAAAAGCUCCUGGCAACUAACUCCAUCCUGAUGGUUUUGGCAUCCAUGAACCUGCUUAUUGUUUUUUCCCGUAUUAACCUCCAAUUUCUCAAUGCCAUUGGAGUAGAAAAUUUCCUGGAUGACUCGAAGUGCAAAUUUUUUGUCUACACUUAUAGAGUAGGCAGAGCUAUGUCCAUUUGCACCACCAGUUUGCUCAGCUGUUAUCAGUGUAUCAUCAUUGCUCCACAAACUAGACUCUGGGCAUAUCUGAGGCAAAAGGCAAUGCAGAAUGUGUUGCUAAUAACUACUGCUGUCUUAAUAGCCAACCUCAUACUCUACCGCAAUACCAUUAUGUAUGCUAUAGUUAAAAAAAAUUCUACAACCUCACCGUAUACGCUUCAUUUAGUUUACUGUGACAUGGACUAUCUCACAUAUGAGGCAUACAUACUUAAUGGGGGAAUUUUUGCAUCUAUGGAUUUCCUCUUUGUUGGACUUAUGACUGUUGCAAGCAUUUAUAUCGUUUAUGUUUUGCUCUGUCAUGAAAAAUCUAUAAAAGGCAAAAGGAGCACAGACAGAGUUCCUGGAAAAUCAGUUGAAUACAAGGCUUCAAGAGCUGUUAUUAUGUUAGUUAUCCUCUAUGUAAUAUUGUUUGGAUUUGACAACUCCAUGUGGAUCUAUACACUGACACUCUCCAAUGUGACUCCUGAUAUGAAUGAUGCCAGGAUUGCGCUGACCUGCUCCUACUCUGCACUGAGCCCUAUCGUUAUAAUUGCCACCAACCCCAAAUUACAGCAACUGUUAACAUUUUUAAAGAGAAGGAAGUGUUUCUUCUGUUAUAGGAGCGCUAAAGGAAAAGAUAUUCAAGUACACAAUAUUGACAUAUAG